AACUGCAUGUCACUUUAGAUUCUGAUUAUCCUUGGAACGACUUGUUUGAUUUUCUUUGUGAACUACUUAAUGUGCUGCAGUUAUUAAUUUUCAGUAGGAUGGUAAAUUAUGCUGGAUUCUAGCUCUUGUCAUGAGACUUUCUGAUGGCUCAGGAAAUAGGCCUUAUCAGGUUGCGUCAGCAGUUGAGAAUAAUCACCUGAAUGGUGUCUGAUGUAUAGGAAUAGAAACCAGAAAAGUCAGGAUUUUCCCAUUAAUCUUAUUUCAGCGUGGAGACAAAUUUAGUGAAAAACAUAAAAAUUUAGAACUGAUUGCUGUCUCUGAGAGUAUUAAUACAUCAGUUAUUUUAUGAAAAUGAACCAUUAACCACAGUGGAAGUGUAAUUGGACAGGUCCAUUAUCGUGGAUACCUCCCAAGAGGCUAGUGUCGUCAUGUCAUUUUUCCUACUGUUCCAACCGUAAGGAAGCACGCAGACAGUAGAACUUACUGUACAUAUAGACCGUUAGAUAGCAGUGAGGCAUUAGCACUGUGAAUUAAAGUCUGUGUUUAUUACAUUCUAAGCAGUAGCUGAUAUGCAACGCAUGCUCUGGAUUAUAGGGCACAUCCAAGUAGUGCUACAAUUGAGAACAAUAUGGUACCGAUGACCUAGGUACAAACGCUCAAUCUGUCACAGCUGGCCUGUUGAAUCUUGGUUUUAGGGCAGUUUCAAGUGCCUCCAUGCAUCCUGGGGAUGUCUAUUUCUUCUCUGCUAAUUGUUACGUGUUGUGUGUGCGACAGGGAAAUGGAGGAAAGGUGACCCCAAAGGCCCCUGGUUUGAAUCCAAAUGCCACAGUCUUUCACAGCCACAGCCCCAGUGGGGACCAAGCCUGGGAGCUAGAUGAAGCAACCACUCCGGAAGGACAAGUAAAUGGGGACCUUGGUGGUGAUGUGGUGAAUUAUCCUCCAACUCCAGAGUCCCCCGCAGACCAGGAGAAGGAGGAUUGCCCACUGGAAAAUGGGGUGACUUCUGAUACUGCAGAUGAAACUGCAAGUUCGACCGAUGAUGGAAAAGAAGAAACUGGGCUACGUGUUAUGUUAAAGCAUCAGCUAGAAUAUUACUUUUCAGAUGAGAAUCUUGCUGUUGACAGUUAUUUAAUAUCUCAAAUGGAUGGAGACCAGUAUGUACCCAUUGUAACUAUAGCUAAUUUCAAUCAAGUCAAGAAACUGACAAGUGAUCUGGAACUGAUUGUGGAGGUUCUUAGAGAGUCCUCUCAUGUCCAGGUGGAUGAAAAAGGUGAAAAGGUUCGUCCUAUUCAUAAAAGAUGUAUAGUUAUACUGCGAGAGAUACCAGCUUCCACACCUUUGAAAGAUGUAAAGGAUCUGUUCUCAGGACAAAACUGCCCACUGUUUGUGAGCUGCGAGUUUGCACAUGGGGACUGCUGGUAUGUCACCUUCAACUCAGACGAAGAUGCACAAAGAGCAUACCAGUAUUUAAGGGAGGAAGUGAAGACUUUUCUUGGGAAGCCAAUUAUGGCAAGAAUCAAGGCAAAACCUAUCAUUCGUGGAACAUUUGUCCCAAAAAAUGGGAUCAAGUCAGCAGGGUUUGAGAGCGGCACCCAAGCGUUCCCACAGCAACCCUCACGAUUUGCACAGCCCCAGUUCACCCCUUUGCCUCCCAUGCCAGUGCAGUAUGUUAAUACUGCUGGACCACAGUCUUUCCCAUUUUACCCUCCAAACACUGUGAUGGCUUGGUCACCCACAAGCCCACCAUUUUUUGAUCCAGGAAUGGUAUUUGCAGCCAAUGGAUAUCAGCCUCAAGGGUUUAAGCUCAGCAACAGUACAGGAAGAUCAGGUUUCCAGAGUCCAAGAAAUAGGGCCCAAGUGAAGCAACAUGGUCGUACACAGAGCAACCCAGAGAGGAUGUCAGAGGCCAAACCAAAUUUUGAGACACAUCGCCACAGCUCUGUUAGCAGUUCUCUUCAUGGUGGCAACAACCCUACGUCAAAUGUGGAUCCUUCCCAAUCUAGUCACAUGUCCAGUCAUCGCCACAGCUCUCUGUCUUCCUCCACCUCUUCUUCGUACCCAGUCCAUGCCACGUCUCACUCGUCCACGGCCUCGGACAAUGGUCAGGUGCUGGGGCCAAGACAUAUGGAGGUGACCGUAAAAGACCAGACAACACAGCCCCCAAGGCGAAGUAGAAUAAAUGAAUUUCGUAACAGAAGACGGAAGGAAGAUGGUGCUAGAAAUCUGAAUUCCAAUCCAUAUACUGCCAAAGAGUACAGACUUGAACCGGAGGAAUUUGAACUAGAGGCUACUUCAUUCCCACCUUUGCCAGGGUCAACAAAUAAUGCUUCAGUUGGUGAAGUAUUUGAGAAUAAAUUAUCUGAUGUGGUCAAAGGAGUUGCCAAGCCUUCCAUUCGUGAUCAAAAACCUUCAAAUGGUGCUAACACAAAUGGCAGUGUUACCACUAGCACACCAGCAGUAGCAAAUCAUCCCACAACUUCAGCUCAGUCAGAAAACAAAGGUUCUGCCACCAUGACAAAUGGCACCGACUCCUUGCCUACACCACCUUCUUCACCACAAAAGGUUAGCAAAUCUGCAGUUGCAGCAAAUACUGUAGAGAAAAUUCACAGUCAGCCAGAGGUGAAUGGUGUAAUAGAAACGAAAGAAGAUAACAAGGAAAAUUCCAGUCACCCAACGCAAUCCCAGGAGCCAGCGAAGUUAAGCUGGGCCCAAAUGGCCCAAAGAGCCAAAGAACGUGCUGAACGCGAGGCCACAGAGGUCAAGAAACUGCUGACAGUUGAGGCUGAGCAGGAAAUUGGAGACCAGGUUAAACCCGGUACACUAAAGGAAAAUGCACAGACAAGUAAAACACCUGGUACUAGUAAAGGUUUGGCUCGCAGUGACAGUGAAUCCAAGGAUUUUAGACCACAGACAGGUCGCAGAGCAAAGGAUAAUCGUGAAUGGAAAGACAGGGACAGAGACAAGGAAAGGGAUAGAAGGAAAGAGCAAGAAACAGUUAAAUUGUCUGCAAAGUGAUCGUGUUAAGAAGCUGGAUUGUAAGUGGAAAGUCAUGGCAGAAAAGGCUCCAGAACAAAGGAAUGGAGGGCAUGAUACAGUGUAUGCCUACCAUGACAUAUUGGCAGAUAGCUUCCACUGCUUUUGUCUUCUGUCUACUGUAUAUUGCAUGUUUUGAGGAUGGUUUUGAAGAUGGGGAGGUGAUGUCAUUGUGCUUCACUAAGGGAAUGUUUUGGCUUAAGGUAAAUGUUCCAAGUGCAUUUUCUUAAUUGCUGUGCUGUGAGCAAUAUUGCUUUGCCCGAGUACUUCAUACAUUAUAGAAAUGCCUUCGGAGCAGUGUAGACAGCCUAUGUGACUUGCAUGUAUAAUCAUUUGAGCUUUGGUUAUGAGGUAAACACUUAACAUAUGGACAACAGUACAAAUCAUCCCUAUAUUUGCAAGACAUUUUGUGCAAUUUUAUUUCAUAUUAUUAUUGGAUAAUUAUUCAGGGUUAAUCAUUCUUUGUUUGGUGGAAGUUGCCCACUUGAUUGCUAAUAGUUGGGUGAAUGUUCUUGAAUUGAAUUACAGUUUGCGUAGGGCUUAGCUCAACUUUGUUGUAUUAUGAAUUGUAAUUUGUUAGUAGGGACAGCUGUUUCACCAGUAUCUAUUGGAUAAAAAAACAUUCGCCACCUUCAUAUAGCAUUUAAAGAAUCAUACUGUCUCAUGUUGCCAUUCUCAUUUUUACCAUUAACCUCAUGUGAUUGUGUGUAUAAAUGUCUAUGUCAUCUAAUUGGUUGUUGCUUACUAAGAUGACUGUUCCAGAAAAAAAGGUAAAAAAAGUUAAAACUGUAUGAUAUUUUUGACACUUGAAAUGUAUUAUUAUUAUUAUUAUUGUGAAUUUAUUAUCAUAUUAUAAAUAUAAUUAAAUUGAUUGUAUUUAAUAUACCAAUGAUUUGUUGAUGUUUGGUCAAAUUAGUAGGUUAAGCUACUAUUUAAGCACUGAGUGAUGUUCAAUGAACUUGAUAUGGAUAGAAAAUUGACAGUGAAUUGAUAUCUGCUGUUCUACUGUCAGAUGCAGGAUAUUUCUAAACUAAAGGAUUUGAGUGAUAAGUUUGAAAUUCAUGUGAAUGGUGUACCAUACUGUAUGAAGGGGUAGCAAAGCACUGUUGUGGCUUACUGUGUGUUGGAGUACAGUUUUCAUGGAGUUGUACAUCUAAAUACUGGAUAGAAAAUGGAAAAAUAGUUCAAAGGUGGUGCUGUUACUUGCCAACACAUUGCAUUGUUCUGCACAGUAGCACUGAGAAUUUAUGGUGGCAUCAGAGUAUUUAAUGACCUGUGUGAUAUUUGGUACAGUUUGGAUUGUGUUGAUAGAAAAGAUUGAGUUAUUAUUCAAAGCAAUGUCAUGGAACUAAUACUCUUGGAUAUAAGGUGUAUGCUUAAAGCUCAAGUAAUUAUUUCCCCCUUCUUUUCUUAUUUCAGUUUUAUUGUGCUUUACACUAAGUAGGUGUUGCUUUGUAGCUUCCAAUAUAUUUUUUUCUUUUUAAGGCCAAGGCAAUUUGCUUUUGCCAUUGUUAUUUAACUAGUUCAAAUAUGUAUAUAUAUAUAUACUUUUGAUUGAAAAGAGCUAUAUUACUUGGAUGUAUUGCAUGUUACAGAUCCCCUGAUAGGUCAAACUGGCUUGCUUACAUUCUAAGAUAACCAAAGGUUGUGCACCAAUGUACGAUAACCUAAUUGUUCACUGCUACAAUAUUUAUGGAAGAUCAGUUUGUGGUCAUCUCUAAUGGUGUUUAAGAUUGAUAUAGGGGUCUAAUGUAGCCAAAUAUACAGUCAGCUUAGUAAAAUAUUUGGCCUCCUUUACAGCAGCAUUUCCCAUGUCAAGCACCAAGUAUAGAACUUAUUACAGCAUGUUAGAGGUAGUGAUACUGACAUUGAUUUAGCAAACCUCUGAGCUUCCAUUGACUGGGAUUUUCUCAUGUACUGUCUGUAUGGCAUAACUUCGAUUUUAACAAACAGAAAGAUAAUAUCAACUUCUGGGUUCUUCAUCACAUAUUUUGUUUGAAAAUGAUCACCAAUGCAUGAUGAAUAGGCUAACCAGUGGGAAAAAAAACCCUGAAUAUAUCUCCUGAAAAAUGUGAACCAAACUUUUACUGUGAUAGGUCCAGCAGUAUCUCUGCUCUUUUGUAACAAAAAUAUAUGGUUAUUCAGUUCAUGUUGCAGCAUUUAAGGUCUAAAUAAAAUAUUGGGUAAAUUAUAUAUAGAUAUAUACAUGAUGCAUCUUUGAUAAAACCCUGUCAAUGUGUACUUAAGCAUUGACAUGUGACAAUCUGAACAAAACCAGCUUUUUCAUUUGCUCCUAUUUUUGUCUCUGCGGCACAUACAAAAAUGUUAUAAUAUAAUAGUCUGGGAGUUCUUAAUUUUGUGACUUUAGAGAACAAGGCUUUGAAAAUAUGCAAGGUCAUUUUAUCAUAAUACAUCCAUAUUAUAACUUGCAUGACAGUGAAAGUGUAAUAUGGUGGUACAAUGAAUGUUAUCAACUUUCAGCAUAUUCUUGGCAAAGUUUGGUGAAAAGCUUGUAGCAUUUUUCUCUACAACUUAAUUCAAUUACUUGCCAAGAUACAAUAGAAAUACAUUGUCACAUAUCAGUAACAUAACAUUUCAAAAACAUAUGGCCUUUUAUGGGUUCUAGAUAUUCAACCAAGUCUAUGCAGUAUCAAGAAAAAAAACCUUUUUCUCAUUGCCACUUAGUUCCAUAUUUUCCAGAGACUUAUUUCCUGCAACUACCAAGAAAUUCUGCAAUUAACUUUUGGUGCUUUGAUAUGCUUUUGACAUUAGUCAAGUUCAAAAUAUGCCCUACGUGAGAAUCACAGGCAACCUUUACAUUAUUGUGCAUGUUGUAAACAGUUGAAUUGUAACAUGCUGGUUUUGGUUAAUUUAUUUGAUGAUCUUGGAGAAUAAAAGAAAAAAAAA